UAUUUCGCUGAACUCUGCUUUUGAUUGGUUGAGCCAGUCACGUGAUCUGCAUCAGCGGAAGGUGGAGGAGGAUAUUUGGCGCUGCUUCGGAGGAGUUGACCUGAAGUGCUCUUUGGGGGAAGGAUCCUGGGAAUUGAAAACCCGUCGUUUGUUUGCUACUGGGCCGACAAAGACGUUCGGUGUGUUUGCCUCUGGACUUUAUUAAGGCUGUGUCCCGCAUUUUUUGUGAUGGAUGUGGGGAACAGACUUGUGUUCAUGGGUCAGGCCCAUUAGUGGUUUGACAAACUUGCCACAGCCACACGUGACCUGUAUGCAGUUCGAUACUGACACAGUAUCUCACAAUCGGAUCGUCAGUCAGCCACAUAUAGUCAGCCAACAGCCCCGCAUGAAAGCCAGAAUCGGCCGAGACACGACUGCUACUUGAAUGAAAUCUGAUAAGAUUUUAUCUACUUGUACAUAUAUGAAUAAACUAGCCCUUCAGCUUUGAAGAGUAAAACCUUACCAGAGAUCAAUCAUUUUGGCAUUAAUGGCAAAUAAACCGAGUGGUGUGCGGCUGUCCGUUCACCCAUCCCGAGCUCUUGUGGAUGAGAAGUUUAAAGUGCUGGUCCAAAAUGCUCCUCCUGGGACUGAGCUGACGGUGCGCUCCCAUCUCCUCAGUGAAGACAAACACAACUGGGAGGCGUUUGGACACUACAUGUGUGACAGCACCGGGACACUCAACUUGUGUGAGGACCCCAGCCUGGGUGGGACAUAUGAAGGAGUGGAACCAAUGGGAUUACUGUGGAGCCUCAGACCAGUGCCAGGGAGUAAACCUGGACUCAGGUUGAGGAAGACCAAUGUGGAGACCCCUCUGGAGGUGACAGUGUCAGUGUACCAGGGCCACCUGUCAGAGGGCUUCAACGAGCAGAGCUGUCUGGCUGCUGUGCUGGUGGAGCGCUGGUACAUGGCUCCUGGAGUCCAGAGGAUACCAGUUACAGAGCACGACCUCACUGCUACACUCUUCCUCCCUCCAGGACCUGGCCCGUUUCCUGCUGUCCUGGACCUCUGGGGAGGAGGUGGCAAUCUAGUGGAGUAUAGAGCGUCUUUACUGGCGUCACAUGGGUUUGCUGCUCUGGCCCUGGAUUAUCUGACCAAUAAAGUCACAAUGACAACUGGAAAAAGUAUGAAGAAUGACUACUUUGAGACUGCCUAUAAAUUCCUGGAGCAGCAUCCUCAGAUUGUGGGCAGCAGGAUCGCCAUGUGGGGCCUGUCUUUUGGUACAGCUAUGACCUUAAAAAUGGUCGCUUACUCCAAGGUCAUGAAGCUUAGAUGUGCAGUGUGUAUCAACGGAAGUCAUGUUCAGCCAGUGAACGGCAGCGUUGAAGAACUAUUGAACUACUUUAGUAUAAAUCAAGACAAAGUCCGCAUCAAUGAGAAGCAGGAAGUAAUAUGGCAUGACCUGCUCCUGCCAAUCCCUGAAGACCCUGCAUUCAAAGUAGAUAUGGGACGUGUGCAGUGCCCCCUGUUGUUAGUGGUCAGUCAGGAUGAUCAGAACUGGUCGUCUUUUAUAGCUGCUAUGGAUAUAAAGGCGAUGAUGGAGAAGGCUGGGAACAUUCACCUGCUCACUCUGCUCGCGUAUCCCGACGCUGGUCACCUGAUCGAGCCUCCGUACUCUCCACUCACACGGGCCAGCAACUUCAGAUCAUUUUACACCCAAGACCUGUGCAUGGUGUUGUGGGGCGGGCAGACUGUGGGCCACGCUCGAGCUCAGGAGGACUCAUGGAGGAAGGCUCUUGUAUUUUUGAGAGAGCACCUUUAUGACAGGACAAAAACAUUCACAUCAAAUCUGUGAGAUCAACAAGUACAUGUAGAAUGGGUAGAAUGAUGGGCAAAAGACACAUUUUAAUCAUAAAUGAUAAAAAUAACAUAUCAUUUUCAUUCGUUUAAAAAAAAACAAAUAUAAAUGGAAAUUUGUUUAUUUGUUCGUUGUUUAAAGAUUUUGAAAUUUAUAUUCUUUUUUUAUUCUUUAGAAUUCAGAUAAUUUUCAGAAAUGUCCUUUAAAACCAGUGGAAAGGGCCUUUCAGAACUUAUUUUAGACAAACUUUUUAAUCUUUCUAGAACUCAUAAAAAUGUACUCCAUUAUA